UCGCGCGCUACUAUACCCAUGGUGCAAUCGCAUGACAGCUUACCGCGGUAUCAGCAGUGGCCUAGCCUGUACCGUACUUAGAAAUCUAGUAUUUCUACCUCCAUGGUCACGAUGGUACAUGUACAUGUAUGUAAUUCGCAGAAGAAAUGAAUUUCGCAACCUUCACGUCCAAUUAAUUAAAAAGAGAUGGUGCGUUUUCUCCACAGGGAAAUCACCUGACGUUAGUCAUGGGUAGUGGGUUGCGAAAUCAGUUCGUCGACAUGGUCGAUGGAUGUUGAAGUUCAACUUGGAAGUUUACAUGUCCCGACAUGUCACAAAGAAAGGAAAGAACAACACAUGACGAAAUUUGAAACGGUAGGGCUAAACCUGUAAACUGUUUUAUUGUGGCAACACCGGCUGACAUGGCUGAGCGGCGUGGUCAUGUCGCAUAACGUUACUGGUCAUAAUCUUCCAUGAUAAGAUGUCCGUGGAUGAACUUCCUUGAAACUUUUCGUGGAAUAUUUUGAACACUACUCCAGAUUUCGAUUAGCAGGGUCUAUGAAUUGUGGUGGGUGUGUGCAAGGCCCAAGUUGACUAUACUUUGACGUCGCAUUGCCUUAUUUCAAGAUCAACAACUGCCUGGGCUACUGAGUAUGUUAAGUAGGCUACCAUUCAACUCAAAACAUUUUUAUGUUCAUCAGUUCAGGUGGAAUUUCUGAAAUUUCAUUAGGAGAAUGUUUUGCUCAUAGAGUUUUUUCACUGACUAUCAUAUGGACCAACUGACCAAGUCAUGUCUGCUAAGGUGACUAAAAAAAGCAGAUGGUUGGAAAGAGAAAAAGUUGGCGUACUGGAGCAUGCCCACCUGAGACAUCAGCGUGCACCCAGGAAAGUUGGCCUCGUCUCGUUGCAGUCACUGCCCAAUGAGCUCCUCACCCACAUCCUGUCGUUUGUGCCAUGGAGAUGGCUGCCAAAUUGUGCCCUGGUCUGCAAGGCGUGGAAGGGCGUGUUUUCCGGUAAGACGUUCUGGCAUGACAAGUGUCACAACUGUCUCAGGAUUCGGCGAUUUGUCGACGGUUUCAUGGCACCGUACGUCCCCAGGGACUGGAAGAAAUUCUACUUUGAGCGGCCGUGUACCCGGAAUCUCAUCAAAAACCCAAGUGGGAAAGAUGGGCUGUCCAGUGGCUGGAUCUACCCUACUAGGAGCGAUAAGUGGCAGGUAGAGAUGGGAGACUCCAGCACUGCUACAAAGCCUGACCGCCUCCUAGCGGUCAGCGACGGCAGCCCCCAUCACUUUGUCCCUUGCGAGGGCUCCUGCUUGCGCUACCAGGUCAUCGAUUUGCUGGCCGAGGGCUUCACCCCAGCCAUACUGGACGGGGAUCAGCCUGAUGUCGUCAUCUCAGAAUGGUACACAUCUCCGCCCGACUUCUUCACCACGUUCAACUUCAAGGUGGAACUACUCAAGCAAGAGGAGUCCGCUGCCGUAGACAAUGUCAUCGAAAGUUUCAGAUACCGUCCCAUGAAUGGACCAAAUGGCACACCGAAUGAGUGGCAGGAGGUAAUGACCAGAUUUUACAAGUAUGGGCCAGGACUGCGGUUCAUUCGCUUCUCGGAGCAGACCACGAACAGCAGCACCCCAUCGGGAACCAAAAUAGCGGGAUGCGUCAUCAAACUGGAAUUCCGCAAUCGGGUUUGCGAAUGGGAUGUGUAGAAAAGGACCUAGAAAGAGGCCGCGGUUCAUCCUGUUCUCUUGGAAAAGAGGGAGCUGAAGAAUUUCUCCCGAAGAGAGACAGGAGAAAGCCUCUUGCAUUUUUCUUCUGAAUUACUCAGAGUGAGGUUGAAUGCAACCCUUUUUUCACAGAAUGUCUCUCAGUGUAGCUGAACUCUUCAAAUAAACAUCCUGUCCCUUACAAUAAUGGGAAACCUUUAGGUUCUAGAUCAACUUCUUAAAGGGUUCCAUUUGGUUCUAGAUCAACUUCUUAAAGGUAGCUGCAGUGGAACUUUUUAGUACAAACCUCCAAGAUGCACCUUUGUGUCUCAGUUAACCUCAUUUUCGACUUUUGUUCUCUUUUUCAAAGGGUAUUUUGCUGGCUUUUUGGUUUUAUGCAAAUGAGAAUUUCCAUAUUCAUGAGCUGUAACUGUAAUGGACGUGUUUGUUUUACAUGGGUCCAGAUCAUGAUCAGUGAUCCAUCAUUGGUUCACUGACACCAUAACCCGCAUAAAGGAUGGUGGGAACCACUAAUCAAGAUUCAGAUCCAUGGGAAACAAACUGGCCUGAUGUCAUCCUUGUGAGCAGACCUCAAUAUUGCAUUGGAUUUUGCACGAAAACUCCCACUUUUUGGGGGGGGGGAUGUUGCUGGCUCAAGUUUGUUUAUUUCCUUGGUAAUUCAUUGUUGCAUAAAUAUAGCAAUAAGUAAGAGAUUAACCCUUUCUCAGAAACAUUUUCAGUGAGGAAAUUCUAGGUUCAACAUUUGCAAAGAGAAAUCCACAUGUAUGCACUGAGCCCUGCCUCAUCAGAUGACAUCAUAGAAAUAGUAUCCUCAGUCGUCCAGGAAAGCAUCCAAAAGUUAGAAUCUUUCUUCAAAGUGCAAUUGAAAGCAUAUCUAAGCCCAAUGGAGAUGUCAAAUAGUUUUAAGAGUAUAAACAUCUCAAAAUAUUGCCUCUAAAAAGUAUUGCAGCUACUUUCUCCGUGCUCCCCACAAAAUCAAUUUAACCCCCCCCCCUUAAAAAAAAUCAAAGCCCCGGGAUUCUGGUAUUUGUUGACAGAAGUGCUGUUAGAUAGGACAGCUCACUUGUUUAAAGUCAAGGUUUGAAUAAUUUAAGUUGUCAUUUGUUGAGUAGAGGAACUUGCUGAUAUCAAUGCAACAAAUAAAAUGUUUAUAAAUUAAAAAAUUAUCAACUCUAUAUUAAUAUCUGUAGAAGAGAGAAGUGUUUUUUUUUCAUAAUGUUUAUACCAGUCUUGGAAUAGGCAUUCAUUACAUGUAUAUCAUUUUUGGCCAACUGGAUGCUGAUAUUGCCUACUUUGUAAAUGUUGUCUUACCACUUCAAAAUCUGCUGCGUAGUAUUUCUGUGUAAUGUCUAUUUUGCAAAAUACAUGUACAUGUACAAACAUAGGCUUUACUGAC